GCCAUUUAGUAAGGUCAACGCGAGAGUGCUUGAUUGUAGCUCCCACUCCGGCGUACGGUAAGACAGACUCCAUGGCCAUCCCGCAUCGUGACGCUGUGGACGGAGAAAUCUCCCUCUGAAGGGCUUGACGGUAGCGGCAUGAAGGAGCAUCUAAAAUUAUGGCAUCAAGUCUGAGAAAAACGACCACAAAAAGCUACGAGGUACCUGAAACCAAUCUGUUCAUUACGUGUUAUGUUGGUGACAUCAGAGAUACCAACACCAAAGGAGUGGUAACCGGAGAACAUUUCCCAUACAGCAAGAACGCAAGCCAGGUCACGAAUGCACUGUGUGAGAUCUUGGGAGAGACUUACAAGGCAAAGAGACUCAAGUUCCUGGAAGAGAACAAGUACGUGGAUGACGUUUUUGUCAUUAAGACAGGCAACCGCGACACUCUGGAAUACGUGUUCCACGCCAGUGUAAGAGGUUUCACGUCUGCUAAUCCACAAGACUGGUUGGCAGAAAUGCGGUUAGUGUACAGAUCGGUAUGGAAAAUGGCUGACAAGGAAGGUGUAGAAUCGUUGACAUUGCCCAUCCUUGGAGCAGGUAAUGCUCAAGCACCUCUUGGGUUGGCCAUCCGCGCUCUGGUCCACUCGCUGUUUCAGUGCAAAACACGGACACUGAAAGAGAUCCGUAUUGUCAGUAUGUACGAAGACGUCCACAGCAAAGUCUUGCAGUUGUGCGAUGAGUAUCUCAAAAAAUGCUACACCGGUUCCCGUUCUUCCAGUUCCAAGAGAAACGAUAAUUGCCCUGGAAUUCCUGAUACACAAAAACCAGCUUUCUCGGAACAAUAUCAGACGACUUAUCAGAAAGAUUUCUCAGAGAGUGCCAAAGACAGAUUAAGUGAAAAUCAUCCCGAAUUUGGGAGAGAAUCUAGACAUUCCAGCCAAAGAAACCAAGGAGGCAUCAUUUCCGGUAGUGACGUCACGUCCGGCACGGGACGUAACUCUCAAAAGAGUCCGAGCAUCCGAAAACCACAGAUGGCGCUCAAUAAUAAAAUGACUGUUCACAACAAGGAUCUUGCGGCCGGGAUUGGAACAAAUAGGUCUACGUCAUGUAGUCAUGGCAACAGUAGGAUUACUGCUGCAACGAAAAGAUCUACUAACAAGAAUUCUAGUACGACAAAAAAUGCUAAAUCGACAACAGGUCAUGAUCCCGACUCUUCUAGUGAACAGUGUCCAAUAUGCAUGGACGUCAUCAAAAGACCCAAAGAACUGUCGAAAUGCGGUCAUACGUUUUGCGAUCCCUGCAUUUCCGCCAGUUUCAAGCACAAACCUGUGUGCCCCGUUUGCAACACCAUCUAUGGGGUCGUCACUGGCGAUCAGCCGGAUGGAAGGAUGGCGGUGGAAAGGUCCAGAAAACGUCUCCCAGGUCACGAAGAUUGUGGAACUAUCAUCAUUACGUACAGUUUCUACGAUGGCGUUCAGAAGUCAGAACAUCCGAACCCAGGACAGGACUACCACGGAACUAAGCGUAUAGCGUAUCUCCCUGACAACCCUCAAGGUCAAAAGGUCUGUCGUCUGCUGCGAACUGCCUUCGACCGGAAGUUGACCUUCACCGUCGGCCAAUCGUCGACGACUGGCCGGGACGACGUAGUCACGUGGAACGACAUCCACCACAAGACGAGCACCCAUGGCGGACAACAGAGGUUUGGCUACCCCGAUGCAACAUACCUAACGAGAGUACAACAAGAACUCGCCAGCAAAGGAGUCACGGAAGAGACAGAUGUCGAAUAUUUAUAACAUGGCAUCUACAUGUACAUGUAUAUCACUAACCAAAAUGCUGUGGGUCGUUAUACGAGGUGUGGCAAAAAAGAAAUGAGACUACUCGUUUAGCUUAGGCACUACCCACUAUAUGAUCAAACUGCUUUUAUGUUGUUUUAUUACGGUCUUUCCUGGUUCCAAAAAGUGCUCAAGUG